AUGGAGUGCCAAAUUUGUCAUAAUAUUCACCGCAAAUUCUUUUGCGCUAAUUGUCUUCGUGGAGGGUUGCGUAAUCAUAAUGCAGAGAUAAAGAAAGUGAAUGUUGAGAAACAACGAUAUGUGGACCGUGCUACAAAGUUUAUGAAUGGCUCGCUUCGGGGUCAACAGCUAAACUCUGCAGAGAAACACAGUGCAACACAGAAACUAAACUUACUUGAAAUCGAGACGGAACGUUUGCGAGAAGAAAUUGGAAGAGAUCGGCAGGAAAUUGAACUUUUAAGAAAAGAGCUUCAGACACGACGUCAAGUGUUACAAGAAUCAUUAGCAUAUUCUAAAAAGUUUCAGUCACACCAAAAGUCAUCAAUUACAAAGGACAUUGCCAACACCAAAGAAAGAUGGCGACACGUGCACACGGUUCUCAUACAUUCAAGAAAAGUUUUGAUUGCAGAGCUGGUGUCGUUAUUCGAUUUCAAAAAAAUAACUAAUAAUG